UAUUAGACACACCAAAAAAAAUUUGCUGUCAAAAUUGUAUAAGUUAUAGAUUUAGUUGUAGGAUUUUUGUUUUGUAUUUUGUGACUUUUUGUUGAAAUGCGGCUGAAUUUUCUGGUGCAUUGCCUGUGGGCGGCUCUACUUGUGGUGUCACAGCUCUCGACCAGUGGAUAUGCCCGAAGUUUGCCAGUCGAGCAGAAGAUGAAGCUUCCAACUGGCAGCGGCAUCCAUGAGCCUACAGCCAUCGCUGUGGGUUCAGCCAGGGGCAAAAGCAACUCCACUGCAAUGAGACCAGGGUCCACGAUGCUUGUGGCACGAACAGAAGCAGAAGGAAGUACUGGCAAUGGCACCGCCACGGGUGCAGGCACUGCGAUUGCCACGGGUACAAGCACUGCGAUUGCCACUGGUAAAGGCACUGCCCCGGGCGGCGCCUCCGUUGUGAGGCACAUUCGCCGCAAGCGCGAACUGUAUUUGGACACACCGUACGACUUCCACACGACUCACUUGUUCUGCGACAUGGACAUUCGGAACAGGCACCUGCUCAUCUGGUUCUUUCCCAAUCACUGCAUUUGGGUGUGGAACAACAAGUACGUCCACGAGGGCUUCUACCGGCUCUACAAGACGUAUCAGUAUGAGGGCUUCAUAUUCGGCCAGUACAACAUUCGGCUCUUCCAAUGGGAGUUCGAGAACUUCCAAUUUGGCUACGUCUGGUCAAAGUUAAUCCAGCCAGAGCUGGCUUGAAUAUUUAUUUACUUAUGCACGCUUCAGUCUAGAUUAUAAUUAUUCCAAUGGAGCAAAAACCAUCA